GCACAGUUUACUGCUGUCGUAAAACUUUUUGUUGUUUCGACGGGUUUUUUUUUUCUAAUUAUUAUUAUUUUAUUUUGACGGAUCAACUUUUGGAUUCCCCCGCGGUUCGUGUCUUCCUGCGGUGGUUCCGCUCACACAGGACGGACCGUGUGGAUUCAGUAUCGUCCUCUACAGGUGUCGGCCAGACCUGAAGACAGUCGCAAACAUAAACUCACAGUUGCUGCUGCUGCGAGGUGAAAUGGACCAGGAAGGAGUGAAGCUGGACCGAGACAUCUUCUCUUGUUCCGUCUGUCUGGAUCUACUGAAGCAUCCAGUGACUACUUCCUGUGGACACAGCUACUGCAUGAGCUGUAUUAAAACACACUGGGAUGGAGAGGACAGCAAGGCAAUCUACAGCUGCCCUCAGUGCAGGAAGACUUUCACACCGAGGCCUGUCCUGGAGAAAAACAUCAUGUUGGCAGAAUUGGUGGCAGAGCUGAAGAGGACUGAACUCCAAGCUGCUGCUGCUGCUAAUCCUUGCUAUGCUGGACCUGAAGAUGUGUCCUGUGAUGUCUGCACUGGGAGGAAGAGGAAAUCCAUCAAGUCCUGUUUAGGUUGUGUGGCCUCUUAUUGUGAACAACACCUCCAACCUCACUUUGAUGCACCUCCAUUAAAGAAACACAAGCUGGUGGAGCCCUCCAAGAAGCUGCAGGAGAACAUCUGCUCUCGUCAUGAUGAGGUGAUGAAGAUUUUCUGUCGCACUGAUCAGCAGCUGAUCUGUUAUCUCUGCACAAUGGAUCAACAUAAAGGACAUAAAACCGUCCCAGCAGCAGCAGAAAGGACGNUUUUCGUAAAUGUGUGUCUCAUUUAUCACUCCUUCCACUCGGUCUUCUGCUGCUGCUGCUGCGCCGUUCAGACCAGGGAGUUCAGCACCCGGGUGGAUCUGGAAGGCGGCUCUUCUUCGCUCUGUUUCCGAGGCCGACGGCGUCCCGGACACGCCUGCCGGGUGGACAGGUCGAGGAGGAAGCUGCCGCGGCCGCCUCCCGAGGGCGAAGACAGCGAAGGCGAGGGGCUGCUGAGCGUCGUCGCCAUGUACGACUUCACCGCCAAGGAGGACACCGACCUCACACUGCGACAGGGCGAGGAGUACGUCAUCCUCCACAAGCAGGACCAGCUGUGGUGGCGAGCGCAGGACAAACACGGGAACAAAGGCUUCAUCCCCAGCAACUACGUGACGGAGAAAAACCGGAUCGAGGCCAACUCGUGGUACUGCAAGAACAUCACCAGGACAGAAGCUGAGCAGCUGCUGAGACAAGAGGACAGAGAGGGCGGCUUCGUGGUGCGAGAGUCCAGUCAGAAGGGCGUCUACACCGUCUCCGUCUACACCAAAACCUUGAGCGCUACCGGAGACAUCAGACAUUACCAGAUCAAGAUCACCGACACCGGACAGUUCUUCUUGGCCGAGAAAUACACCUUCAGCUCCAUCCCCGACGUCAUCCGCUACCACGAGCACAACGCAGCAGUAGGAGUCUACCUGGACCACAGAGCAGGUGUUCUGUCUUUCUACAACAUCUCUGACACCAUGACUCUCCUCCACAGAGUCCAGACCAAGUUCACUCAGCCGCUACUUGCUGGACUUCUUGUUCUCGCUCCUGAAACCACUGCUGAGUCCAAGUGGUUUGGGAGCAAGAAAGUGGAGCAGUUCCUGAACCUUGCAGAUUUACUAAGGUUCAUGGGAGUGACCGACCAACGCAGGGGUUCUAUGGGCUUUGAGAAGACCUUCAACAGUGUCCCGUUGGAGAACCCUUUGGGGUUUUACUGCUAUUCUGUCCGUUUACAACAAAAGUGA